AAGAGCUCAAGUGAUUCGGAAUUGUGCCAAAGCCAAAGUGCAAUAAAUAAUAAUGUUGCAGCAUCAUCAACACCAGGCACAAACCGCCGGCUACUAUGAUUACAAUCAAACACCUAGUCCAGGCAGCAUGACAAAUGCGGAUGCCCUCAACACAACUCCAUUCUCAGUCAAGGAUAUACUCAAUAUGGUCAAUCAAACCGAGGCCUACGAUGCUGGCUAUGGACAUCUCGAUAGCGCGACGGCAGCUUCAACGCUCUAUGGCGCCGGCGAUUACCAGCUUCAUCAGCAUCAGCAGCAUCUCCAGCUCCAGCAGCAACAGCAGCAGCAUCAACAGCAACAGCAGCAGCAGCAUCAGCAACUGCAGCACCAUCAACAGCAACAACAACAGCAACUGCAAAAUCAUUUGGUUGAGCAUGAUGAGGAUGCCAUGGCCACGACUUCAUCGCUGUCGCCUUUGCUGCCACCGCCACAUGGCCAUCAUUCCCAUGCACAUGCCCAUCAUCAUCAUCAUCAGCUGUACGCUGGCUAUCAUCAGGACUAUGGCAUGCCAGCGCACAUGUUCCAGCAUCCACAUCCGCACGCGCACCAAGGCUAUCAGCCCGCCUACAAUGUGUCCGCCUCGCAGUUCUAUGCGGGCAACGCUUCCAAUGCCUAUCAGACCUCCUCCGCCGGCUACAACUACAACUAUGCGACCGCAGCCUCCGCUGUCGCCAGUCCUGGCGAUCUCUAUGCCAGCGCUGCCUCCGUCUCCGCCUCCUCCACGCUGCCCUCAGUUGGAUCACCCGCUGUCUCCAAUGCUGCUGCUGCUAUUCUCGCUGCCGGCUCCAUCAAGAGCGAGUAUAUUCCCACGCCCUACGUCACGCCCUCGCCCACCCUCGAUCUGAACAGCUCAACGGAGGUGGACGGCGGACAUGGCUCAGCGCACAAGCUUGCCGGGAAUGGCAUCGCACAGCGAUUGCUUGAUCCACAGCGAGCAGGAGAAUGUGCCAAGCGAAAGGAGAGUCAGGUGACUUCAUCGCGCGCUGAGCUGCGCAAGAACAGCAGCCAAAAUGGAAGUGGGAACAGCAGCAACAACAACAACAACAACAGCAACAAUUCGUCUGGAAAACCGCGAAUGAAGCGCAAACCUCGUGUGUUAUUCUCUCAGGCACAAGUGCUGGAGUUGGAGUGUCGCUUUCGCAUUAAGAAAUAUUUAACCGGUGCCGAGCGAGAAAUCAUUGCACAGAAAUUGAAUUUGUCGGCGACGCAGGUGAAGAUCUGGUUUCAGAAUCGACGCUACAAAUCGAAGCGCGGCGACAUCGAUGGCGAUGGGAUUGUGAAGCAUCAUCAUCAUCAACAGCAGCAGCAGCCACAGAUGAAGCUGAAGACGGAGUCAACGGGAGGCAGCUCUUUGCCUCCCCCGCUGCCCAAUCACAUGAUGUGGCCAAGUGCAGCACAGCAGCUGCAAUAGGAUAAGGGAAAAGGAUGUGUUUUUUGCUAAUUUAUUACAGCUCCAAUGCCUCAUUAACUCUAGUACCUUGUUGUAUAUACUUGAUUACUUAUUAUAUAUUAUAUUUUACUGUUUUUGGACAAUAAAUAAAGUUU